UUAGCGAACGAACUCCUUAUUUUUGGAUAGAGUAUGCAAUCAAAACUUCGCGCACUGUGAUAUUUUUUUAUACUUGUAAAGACGUUAAGAUAAGUAAAUGGUGACAUUCAGAUGAUCAGGGUUAAACGUGUAAUAAUAUGGAAAUAAUAUGCUCUCGUUGCGCACUAAUUAUUUCGUACAUAAACAUUCUACCAUACUGUUAAUGCCUAACGUUUUGAUAGAUCGUUUAUUUCAUCUUUAGCAUAUUCAUUGCCACUAUGUGUUGCCUAAGUAAGCUUGGAGUUAAAUAUAUCAUCUGAUUUACACAGAGUAAUUGAGAGGACUUUAAGAGGACAAGGGUUCAUUCCAGAACGGUCAAGAUGGAAAAUUGCUCCAAUGAGUUACCAAAGACAGAGGAUUUUUAUGGAGAUUUAUCAUCAGACGUGGCCUCCAUUGUGUUCCUGACCAUCGACUGUAUUCUGGUGGUGUUAUGCAUUUUAAUAUUCCUGGAAGAAGUAAGGUUUCUAUGCCGAGUUUAUUCAAAUGAUGAAGUGAAAUUACAACGAUUUGUUAUAAUCCUUGGCGUGUUUCCGGUAAUUAUUACAACAUCGGUGAUAUCUAUGUUAGUACCAAGAAGCUCUGUCCUCCUCGAUCUUGUUGGAUCUUGCUAUCUCUCAUUUUGUUUCUACACGUUUGUAAAGUUAACAAUAGACUAUUUUGGCGGGAAGAGUAAAAUGCUGGAAGUGUUUUCUGGAAGCAAAAUACAAAUCAACACUCCGCCAUGUUGUUGCUGCUGCUGUUGCGUUCUUAAACCAAUUCACAUGAGAAGGAGACCGUUAAGAAUAUUUAGAUUUUUUGCCCUACAAGUUGCCGUUGUUCAACCGAUUUUGGUGUUUAUUGCUGCGGUUCUCUGGAGCGACGGAAAAUAUGACGGUGGAAUGACCAGCGCUUCAAGUAACACGUACAUGAGUAUACUAAUGUCCAUCAGGACGUUAUUGUCCUUAUACGGUACUAUGGUCAUCUACAGGGCUUCCAGGGACCAUCUCAAAAUGUAUUUACUCUGGAUGAAGUUCACCGCUUUCUACACACUGUUUAUUCUUGGCAAUAUUCAGACACUUAUUUUCAGUAUUCUCUCCAAUUAUGAUCUCCCGGAGUGUGUUAGUACACGGGGUCCAAAGGUUAGGGGGAAUGCUAUGAACCAUUCACUCAUUGUUCUCGAGGCAUUCCUCCUUGCGUUUUUGGGACGAAAAGCUUAUCGAAGGGACGAAACCCAAAUACCAGGACCUGUAAACGCCGUCGAAGCAGGAUUCCCUCCCUUGGACCCGGUUAAGGAUCAACCUCGAAGCGCGGGAAAUUUUUCAGAAAAUAAUCCAAGUUUAAGAAAUUUUGAUUCAGUGGAAUAGGUUUAAAAGUAAAUUGAUAAAAACAUUUUAGAUACAAACACUGUGAGAUUAAAUAAAAAAAACUCUGUAUGAAAAUAUGAUGUAGUAGAAUGUAUUAGAGUUUAUUAUAUGUAAGACUGUUAAGCAGACGACAAUUUUAACACUUAUUUAUGAAUUAUUAAAUAUUAUUGUAAACAGUACAAUCGUUAUUCAUCUGAAUUAUUAUGAACUUGUUCAAUAAUAAAUACUGCCAAAAAUAAAAAAUAAAAACAUUCA